CAAAAAUCGGCCCGCCAGUGCUGCGUAUACUGCCGUUAUUGCAGUAGCUGUUACGUUCGCGGAGGCCGCCAAGGACCGCGUUGCUCAGAGCCUGGCGCUUGCACCAGAGGCGGCCCCGUGCGCGUGGUAGCAGCCCCCUGCACAAUGAGUUUCUGGGACGAAAUGAAUCGCGUCAAGAGCGAGCGGACGGGCGACCAGAUAGCUUGCGGUCGCUGCGGCUACCCUCAGAAAUGGUGCACGUGUGAAGGCGACGACGACUCCGGCGAGGACGCGCCGGCGCAGGACGAGGAGGCCGCCCUCGAGUGCGCGCCGGCGCAGGACGAGGAGGCCGCCCUCGAGUGCGUGCCGAGGAAGGUG